AUGAAGGCCGUCGUCUUCGAUGGACCCCGCAGCGUCUCCAUCCAAGACCGACCGGUGCCUCAGAUCCAGGACGAUGAAGACAUCAUUGUCAAAGUGAGCGCAACUGCUCUCUGUGGCUCCGAAUUACAUGUGUACCGUGGCCAUCAACCCUCUACGACGGGCUUCAUCAUGGGACACGAAUUCACGGGAACUGUCCGCCGUUUACCGCAUCAUGAAACAUCAGCGGCAAUCUCCAAAGCACCACCAUCCAUUUCAGAUGAGGCUUUAAUUCUCAUGGCUGAUAUCUUCCCCACUGGUUUCUUUGGAGUCAAAUCCGCACUCAGCCUUGCGCCUCCCACUCUCAAUAUCCAGGAAUCUACUCUGGUGGUGAUUGGAUGUGGCCCCGUUGGCUUGUGUGCAAUUGUUGCAGCGGCAGAGCAGAAACCCAAGCAUCUAUUUGCCAUUGACGGCGUAGAUAGCAGACUUGAACAGGCAAGACAACUUGGUGCCGAACCUCUAAACUUCCUCAGCGAUAAGGCGGGUAUGAUGGCGAGAAUCUUAGAAGCAACAGGAGGAAGAGGUGCCGACUUGGUCGUUGAAGUUGUCGGACUGUCGCCAGCAUUGAGGACUGCUUUUGACAUUGUCAGGCCUUUCGGUGUGAUUAGCAGCAUCGGUGUUCACAACGCAGAGAUUCCAUGGUCUGGAAGUGAGGCAUACGGAAAGAACAUCCGCCUGCAAAUGGGUAGAUGCCCUGUUCGGAGCAUCUUUUCCGAAGCUCUUGUCCUGCUUGAGAAGAAGCAGCAUCUGCUUGGUUUCAUGUUUGAAAAUAUCAUGCCACUCAACGAGGCUGUUCAAGGAUAUACUCUGUUUGAUGAGAUGAAGGUACAAAAGGUUGUCUUUAAGCCAUAG